AUGCAGGACUUCUCGGAGGUCUGUCUGCCAAACCUCGCCGACAACCACCAGCAGCAGCACGCCUCCGAACGCUAUGCGUCCGCCUUCCUCAAAUCGGGUGAAUUCGCCGCCAGUCGUCUGGCUGUCGCCAGUCUGGAGAUCGAGGAG